UCCUUUUAUCAUUGUGAGGCGGAACUGUUGUGCUGGGAUCAGAGGGGAAGGAUUUCCGGGUCGGACUUGGUUGUUACAUUUUUCAGAACAGGAACUGCUCCGCAGGUGGAGGGAUGAGUCUCUCCCCUGUGAUUGGCACAGAAGUGCCAGAAACAGCUAACGGGGUUGUGAUACCCGUUGUUUCAGAGAACGGCCCUAACGUCUCUGUGAAAUGCGGAGGAAGCAGAGCUCCCUGUUCUGGGGAGGGAUCAGAGGACAGCUCCCUCGGACACACAGAGAACCAUAUAAAUGUGGAAAACAGAGUUUACGAUGGCGAAGGUCACCUGGAUACAGAGAUGGCCAUUAACGAGAGAACCUCCAGUUUAUCAUUGCACACAGACCCGUCUUUCUCCACUGACACAUGUACAGGAUACUCAGAAUCAGUAUCUAUCGUCAGAGACAUUCCUGAGGCCUCUAACACUGUCGAGCCUCCUGGUGUAGCUCUGCUGUGGGACUCAGCACAGACCAAAGACUCAUCUCAGCGAGAAGACCUCAUCUCCCGGGACGGACAGCUGACAGAGGCAGAUACUGUGGAUGGAAGCACUGACAGCCGAGACGAGGAGGAAGAUGGAGAGGCGGAGAAACAGGAUGAGGAGGAGGAUGAGAAGAAUGAAAACAAGUGGAGGAAUCCGUAUGCAGGGAGAACACAAAUGGACUCUUCACAACACUACUCGUCCUCUGCUCCCGGGCCUAGCACCGCCUCCUCCUCCUCUCCCCAUCCUCCUCUUCCCUCAGAUGAUGGCCCCUGCCCACCCCAUGUCAUGGCCCAGGUGUGGGUUCGCAACGUCCGGGGGAUGCAGGAUAGCAAGAGCCUGGAUGAAAUCAGCCAAUCAUGUGGAGGCAGUUUGGGGGCCCGGGGAGGGGGCAGAAGUGGCCAAUCAGAGGGUCGACGGGCUACGAUCUCCUCAGCUCUGGAGCUAGAGGGGACGGUCAGCCAUGAUGGAGACCUAACUCACUUCAUCACUAAGAACCUGGAGCAGAAGAUCAAGAUGAGCUCCAAGCCAAGUCUGGACUGCGAUGACUCGGACUGUUCUGGGCCCAUCUACCGAAGUCGGGGGUUGUCACGGAGACCAGCAGAUAUCCCACCCAUUGAUCCAUCUGUCCUAAUGGACCUUCAGAGACACACACAGGAAGUGGCGCAGAGUGUGGAGAUGAUGAUGCGAAGCCUCAAUGGAACCAUCCAGAAUAUGACAGCUCUGAGUGUGGGCUACAUCCAGACCUACAGAGACUCUGUUGAUAGCCUGGGAGAAUCUGUGGACAUGAGUAUAAAGGGUAUGUACACGCUGAUGGCUCGCUGUGAGGAGCUGGAUCGUUCCAUGCAGCCUAUACACACCCUGGCCGCGCAGAUCCGUGACAUCAAGCGCACCCUGGACGCUCUUGAGGCGAUUUGCAAGUAACCCGCAUGUAUGGGAUGAAAACACAUCCCAGCUGGAAAGAUCCAUCGUCAAGCACAUCCUGGACGAGGCUGUCUACAAGUAACUCCACCCAUCUGCAGGUACCACACACAUACUGCGGUGAAGAUUAAGUGCACCACUGGAGUCCUUGAACCACUGUUACUAGGCAUGCUGGAUGAUUGGCGCUCAUAGUCCCUCCGCUUGUUCAUUGUUCGAGGUGGCCAUGUUUGUGUUGUGCGAUCUCAAAUGAUUUGCGCUUGAUUUUCUCUAGGGUCUCAGCUUUUUUUUUUUUUUUUUUAAAGCAACUUCACUUCCUCAGAUAAAAUCUUGAAGAUUAACCAUUUUUGGAGACACUUGGCCAAGUGCCCUGAAAACACAUAUAAGGACGCACACAAAGAUGUGGGAAUAGACGCCUGCUGUUCCCACUCUACAGGAGGAAGUGUGUUGUUAUCCGUCCAGACCGCUUGGUUCAGAUUGCACUAACCUUUCCUCUCCACAUGGGGGCGAUGUUUCUCUCUCUGUGUCUCUCUUGGGUUAUGAAGAGGGACCGUACAAACUGCUCAGAAGACAGUGACUUUUGCACAGGAACAGAAAGUCUGUUUUUUAAUCUUAUGCAAACAAAGAUCAGAUUCUUUCAUUGGGGAAUAAAUGAAUUGAGCGACACAUCACAUCUUUCUGUCGGUCUGUCUGCCUUUUUUUUUUUUAUUUAUUCUGUUUUCUAGUGCAUGCUUUUACAAAAAAAUAAAACAGUGCUUCUGUAUCACUGACCGGCUCUGCUAGAUUUCUCCACUGGAGGCCACUGACCAGCUCCACUGGAGCAUUUGGGGUUUAACUGCUGCUUGAGGCUGUUUGUCAGGAGUAAUGAGACUGGGAGUGAGACUGAGCGCUUUUCUCCCUCAGAUCCUCUCACACUGUCCAUCAAUUUAACAAAAAACGAAAUUUAAAUUACACAGCUGCUUCUCUAAUUUGUUUGGUUAGCACCAUGAAUCAUUUGGGCUGAAAACUCACUUCAGUGUCUGUGCAAUCUAAGAUGUUAUUGAAACCCUAACCAGAAAAAUAUCUUCUUCACAGUGGCUUUAAAUAUUUGAAAAGCUUCACAUACUCAUGAAUUCUAAAGUGUAAACCCUUCAUGAAUUCAGUCAAUUUACAAGAAAUAAAAACUGCAUUCUGGCUGCUACACACUAGAGGAUAAUCAGGCUGGUUUUUGAACCUAUUUGCACCUUCAGACAAUCGCGGGGGCAUUCCCGACUGGAAGUCACUCUGUGCCGAUUAUCUGCCCAAAUAAUCCUCAAGUGCGCAGGGUUUAUAAAAUAAUCGUAAUGCUACCGACUGAGUCAGAGCCUACCUGAUCUCGAACUGGCCGCGGCAGAAACCUGCAAUAGCACGAGAGAGAGCCAGAGAGCGAGCCAGCUGGGAAGCGUCACCAACUGGAUGUUGUGUACUUGUACAUUUGUGACUAAACACAACACUUAAUUUCCAACUCAUUUCCAGCUCGUGCUGCCUUCUGAGCUAUGUUUUUUUUUUUUGUCUGCAAAGUUGACACUUCGACAUUUGUUUUUCUUCUGAAGUCUCAUUUAAUCACGCGAGUGUUCCACACUCCAGUUCAGAAGGUGGCAGGAAUGCGCCUAAAAGUGGUUUGCCAUCCGUCAUAAAGAAGGCUGAAGAAGAAGAAGAUAUUGAGGUUCUGUGAGGUUUCAAGUCUCUGGAAUCUCCACUGUGAAAUUGUUUCCAACAGACAGCAAGCAUGUGGUCUGUGUGUUUGUGUUCUGAAGAUUAUAAGAUUAAAAAUCGGUUUAAUCUGUCAUUAUGUCUGUGGUCUCCCAUGUUUUUAAAUUAGUCAAGAGUUGAAAAUCCUCUAGUGUGCAACAGCCCUUAGCAGAGAUCAAUUUCAAAACAAUCCAUUAAAUUCUUUUUGAUGAAUUGUUGUCGGCAAAGCCAGUGAAUUAAAUUAGCUGCUAAUCGUCAACCAUUGGAGGCAAAAACAUUUUGGUAAUGUUACAACAAGAAUCAGGAACUAUCACUGGAUGGAGUCGGGACACAGCCUUUGGAUCUGAACUAACGUGGACUCACAUCACAUAAAAUCAAGUUGGAAAGUGAGUAUUUGUCAGUGUUAGAGUCACUGAACAACAGCACUGUCUCCUGCUUACCGACUAAAGCCAUGUGCUCUUACUGAGCAUUCUUCUUGAUUUAAUGAAGAGACUGUGGUACUUCUGUCAUUGCACUGGAGGGUAGAGCUGUAGUAAAUCAUUGUACAUGUAGUAGAUCUAUGCACAUGUACCUAUUACUGAUGGCAGGCAGGAUGUAAUUUGGCUUGAGUUGUGUUAAAGGUGUGGUGUGAUGCUUUCUUUUAUGGAACACUUCAGAGCUUUUGGAAUAUUUAUAAAACGGAGCAAUAGUGCAGGAAAAGUAAGUACGUUUUAUUCUUGGCCAUAAAAUUGAUGCCUCGAUCUACUAUAAAAUGAACUUCUUUUCAAAGCGACACAUUUGGAAGUGGAGCUUUUAGCAGCAACAUCUAAGUCUAAAGUGUCUCUACAUGCAGCUCUGCAUGUGGUUUCACUACUGUGGGUAAAGAUCAUGUUGUAGGCUACACAGAAAGCUCCGAUUGCAUGAAGUGUUACAUUUCCUCAAAGUCGUUAGCCAUAUUUUGUGAACAUUUUCAGGGGAGAAUUCAAAGAGGGGGGGGAGCAUCAUUAAAAAACUCAUAUAAAAGUUAGUGAUAAUCCUGGUUCCCUGGAUGAUACUGAAAUUAACUCAAACAUGUCCAAGGCUGUAAAGAUGAACUGAUCUUUUACAGAUGAAGGUAAAACUGUCCAGAGAGUUGAAAUUUAAGCAUCUGACAUGAGAGGAAAUGUCACUUUCUUGUUCAUAAUAUAUAUAAAUGUAUGAUUCAUGGAUUUUCAGUUUUACAAUCAGAUGCACCCGUGUACAUAUGAUCUCUUUCUGUAACUAAAAAUGAUUUAGAUACCCUUUGUCUUGAGUGUAUAUUUUAAUGAAAAAUAACAAAUAAAUUUACA